AUAGGCACACAGACAUAACCCGUGUGGGGAAACAGAUCAACAAGCAAAGAUGCUGCGCCGACGCGCGCUGGCGCUCCUCCACGCCGCUUUGGUGCCUCAUGCGGCGUCUGGACCAGCAUCAAAUGUUGGGCUUGCGCUGCGGCUUCGUAAAGAUUCGUCGAGCGGCUCGCGUGGCAACGCAAGCGGUGCGGCGGGUGUCGGCUCCAAAACAGGCGGCGAGGGCAGCGCAGGGCACACCAAUUCAAGCAGCGGCAGUCCAGCGCAUUUGCAUGCCUCAUCGGCGAGAGAAGAGGAACGCAGCGCUCCCGUUUCCUCGUCCUUCGUAAGCCCAAAGCCCCUUGCCACUGCCGGCGCCGUCAGCGGCCAUAGCGCUAGCCCUGGCGCUAGCGCAGCUGUGCCCCGCACAGCUCGGGCCGCUGACGUUACGCUUCCAAACCCGACCCAGCCUUCCGCGCCUGGGCAUCAGGCAUCAGCAGCAACGCAACACCAGCAACCCGAUAACCUCAUACCGAGCUCAUCGGCGUCACAGUCAGCGCCGCCCGGGGCUGCUACAGCCGCCACGCCGGCUUCUAGCCCCCAGCUACGGGAGCGGCUGCUGGCGUGCCGCGACGCGCGACAGCUCCUUGCAGAGCUGGACUCGGCAGUAGCAGCUGCUGCAGCAGUAGCCGCACGUGUGCCGCCCCGCAUCGGCGGCAGUAGCAGCGGCAGCGGCGCAGCCGCCGCCACCAGCGCCCCCCUAGCGGGGCCCGCCGGCGUGCUGGCGGCGCUACUGCCGCCUGACGCGGCCCGGUCCGUGCUACUGCACCUGUCGUCCCUGCCCCGACCCUCUCCUCACGACCUAAACCAGAUGACCAGCACACACCUAGGCAGCGGCGCCGGCCGCCCCGCAAUGCGGCCGUACCAGCGGCACCGGCAGGCUGUAGCAGCGCUGUUCCAGCUGCUACAGCCGGGCUACGCCGCGUCCCGGCCAGGGGAACUCAUGGAGUUGCUGGAGUGCGCGACACGGCUUGGGUGGCUGCUGGGACCCUGCGGCCGCGUCACGCCGCCGCCGCCGCCAAAGCUGCGUCCGCCGCCGCGGCAGGUUGCGGAGGAGACAGCAGGGCUGCUGGCAGCGGACCGGGCAGUGGGCUUGGGCGUGGGAAGUGGCAGUGUCGAGGCGUCUCCAGGGGCGGGGUUUGCAGCAGAGAGGUCGGCAGCAGGGGGCAGCACAGAGUCGCUGCUGACGUCGCCGACGGCGCCGGCGCCGGUGGCGCCGCCGCCGCCACCUGUACCCCGCGCCGCCAUCCACCCAGCUGUGCCGCUGGUGUCGGCCCUCAUUGCCGACCGCUGCGCCGCACUGCUACAGCCGCUGCUGCAGCCGCUGCUACAGCCGCUGCUGCAGCCGCUGCUGCAGCCACUGCCCCCACACGACGCCCCUGGCUCCUCUCCUGCACAUGCCUUGCCCACGCGCUUGCUCGACUGCCUGGGCCGCCUGGGCCUCAAGCUCCGCACCCGACCCCAGCCCCGCACCCAAACCUCCACCUCCUCUUCUGCCUCCUCCUCCACAACAGCAGCUGCGAUCACAGCAAUCACAGCAACCGCGGCCUCCGUACCGGACCCACAGCUGCACCGGCUGCUGGCGGACCUGCUGCCGCCGCUGCUGGCGGCGCGGCAGCAGCUGCCGCCGUCCGACGUGGCGCGGCUGCUGGUGGCGGCGGCGGAGCUGCGACCGGCGGCGGACCCCUACCUCACCGCCUGCUGGGAUGAGCUGUGCGCGGCGCUGGCUGGCGGCGGCGGCGCGGGUGGCGGCGGCGGCGGCGUGAGUGGUGGAUUGGGUGAUGGGAGAGGGGCGGCGAAUGCUGCGGGUGUGGGGCAGUUGUCGAGCGAUGAGCUGGUGCGGCUGGCGGCCGCGCUGGAGGACUUGCGGCGGGAGGACGCAAAACGGGCGGCGGAGGCGGAGGCGCACACGAGGGGCAGGGGCCGGGAGGCCGCGGCUGCGGCUGGGCUGGGCGCCCGCGAUGGCGCAAGCGUGCGGGCAGGUGGGGCCGGUGAGGACGAGGAAGGCGAUGAUGACAUGGACGACUUUGGCGUGGCGGGGCGCGGGGCGCGGGAUGGCGGGAGGCCGGCGCGCCAGGGGCAGCAGCAGCAGCAGCAGCAGCCAAGGAACUCUUACAUCCAAGAACAGGCCAACGCCCAAGUCCACCGAGCCCCCAGCUCAAGCAACAUCAACUCCGAACUACGCAGCGUAAGUUCUGACGCGUCACCGUUCAUACGCACAUGACUAAGGACCAGGGGCUGGGUUGGGCUUGGGUUUGGGUAGACGGCUUGCUACCCAACGGGCUUCGGGGAUGGGAACUUGCACUUGCACGCUUUUGCAGAACUCACCUGAUGAGACCCUUGGCACGGUCGAAACGCGUCGUGAGAGCCUUGCCUUACUGCAUUAUAGUGCGAAUGCGGUGUUGGGAACUCGGACCCAUCCCUUAGGGCGUGCGUGCGUUUCUGUCCUUACUCCUAGCCUGCCUUUUGCUCACGCGUGCUUCGGCACGCACUGGUCCUCCUACCGUGUCUUUUGGGGAACCUACGUUUGUGCCCAUUCCACCGCACUGACCCUUCCACCUACGCCAACUCUUACGCUUGCAUCACACGGCUCUCCAACACCACUUACAGCAGCACAUACCCUCUUCGCGCUUGGUCACGACUGAUGUCAGUCUGUGGCUGGGUUGUCGCAUGGGGCUUGGCUUGCCAAGCCCGGAGGAGUUUUGCAUACUGAGGGCAAACUUGCACGCCACCUGGGUACUGACGUUUACCGUUUUUCGCCUUACGCACUUGUCAUGUCUUGACACGAAAGCAACCUGGCUGUGAGGUUCGGUCAACAUCGGAAUGGUGUUGGUGCGUGACUUCUUUGGUUACCCAGGGGUGCACGGUUCCGUGUUGCUCGACUGUGGUGGGAUGCGGUGGUGACGGUCGCAGUACCGAAGCCCGCUAUGCGCCCACUAACCACUUUCGCGCUCACGAACCACACUUGAGGCAUUGGCUCUGCGAGUUGGUGGCGGUGAUGGGCACAGCCCUGAUCCCAUUAUACUCUCG